UGUUGACAGACAAGCAAAGAGGGGAUGGGAAGAAAAGACAGUAUAUGGAUUAGGAGCUCGUCACUUAGGGCAGUUAUUUGGUCGAUAUGAAUGCUGGGAAUUGUGUGGGGGCGCUUUGGCGGAGGGAGGACAGAUGGAUCAUCAACAUGGUUUCUCUUCGACAUUCUGUGACUGAAAGAGCGAUGCGUGGGCAGAAAGGCAGUCACAAAACUCAACAUGACCGACUCCACAAGCCAAUGUUGGAGCAAUGUGCACAAUCUUGAAAAGGACUAAGUACCAGUAGUGAGAACUCUGGCCGCAUGUCAGGGCGGAGGCUUAUCUGAGGGCGGUGGUUGAUACGCCGCGUCUCUAGCCGCCUACGCCACACCGGGAAGACCACUUCCAUGUGUAGCUUAAGCCUCAUCAAUGGAGGUGCUCAAGCAGCUUCAUGCCUCGGUUGCCCAGGCCUUUGCGGAUCACUUCGAGAAUGCCUACAGAGAUCUUCACCAAGAGCUUGCUCUUCGGGAUGCGAAGGUGCAAGCUGCUGAGGAGACGACUAGGAUUGCAGAAGAAGCGCGAAAGAGGACAACCGUUGAAAUAGUGACUUUGAAGGACGAGAUUGCUCUUUUACAGGAUGAGCUAUGUCUCAGCGAUGUUGGGCCAAAAGAAGAUCGUUUUACUGCUGAGAAGUCCCUUGAAUUGGAGGCAACGUACGCGCCGCAUCAUGUUCUGGAACCCAUCCAUGCCAACCGCAUGGGUCUUGUGGAUCUCAGCUCUGCUGAUAUGAAGGCCAUUAAUAACAAGUAUACUUCACUCUACAGGGAAGCAAUGACACUCAUGAAAGCUUCUGGUGAUCUUCGGAAACAAGUCAAGCGGCACAAGAGAAAGUUGGCCCACUUGCGAAAGAGCCUUGACCGCGAUAGAUUUACGUUGGUGCUUGACGGGGUAGCAGUUGAUUUCAAGCGCGUCGUUAGGAAGAGAACAAAUGAUGAUCGAUCACUAUCACCCACCACCACGUCAUCAUAUUCUUUGGCGGAAUCCUCGAGAUCGGUCACUCAUACGGUUAUGCGAGAUUCAACUUCUGUCAUGGACACUUCUCAACCAGAUAUUCAUGACCUUGUAUCAGAAGAGGACGUCAAAAAUAAGCUAGAAGGUAGCAGCAAGAAUCCAUGUCGGAUUCCACUACCAGAGACUACAUCGACGCAGUCAGGUAGAUCGAAUCCAGACGAAGUUAUAGCUCCAGCCCAGCAUGCAUCAACUGCCUCCGUUGGGUCAUUAAAACGAAAGCGUUUAUCAUUUCCGAUUCCUCAUCGAGAAGCCCUAGUUGGCCAUGGCGAUGUUGAUGCCGAUAAAAACCGUGGCUCGGCGCAACCCACUACGAUCAAGAAUGAGAGCUUGCUCUCCAGUCCUUUGCAGACGUCAUUGUUGAACUGUGGGGUUAUUGGAAUGCAGGACCUAGAUGAAAUUGGAGCCACAGUUGAAACGCCAACGAAAGAAAAGAAAUACAAGGAUGGCCAGUUCCGUCAAGCGGCUUCCCCUACCCUUGAUUUGCAACGCAUAUGUGCCCCCCACAUACCACGGCGCCCGACAUCGAAUCAUUUGCCCUUGGGACGACCAACUGUACUCCAAUCAGUUGAUGGCAACAUAACAACUCAUAUGUCUGCUCAACUGAUAGGCAAAUCGGUUGCGAGGGGUACGAGAAGGACGUCCAAGUGCCCCAUAUCUUCAAUAACGGAGGAUGGCGAGGAAGAUGAGUCAAACCCCGCUAUAGGAAAUAAAUUCGGUACAUCAACAUUCGAAGCUGAAUUUUUACGCCCGAAUCCGGAUAACGACGAUCAAAUGGCAGCCCAACGAUUGGAAGGUCUCCUUGAAGGACCUUUACCUGCUAAACAACAUCUAUGGCCCAAGGAAGCGAUCGAAGAAAUAACAGGAACGAUCACAAGGCAUACAUCUCCCCCUUCUACAAGGCAAGACUUGCUACGGACAUACAAGAAUAAUGCGGGGGCACAAUUGAAUAUGGUCCCGGAAAAGUUGGAGGAGAGUCCUGAAUCCAAUCUUCGACAUGGGUCUAAUCAAGUUACACCGUCUUCGAGGAGCGAAGCAGAAAGAAUGGAGAUGGAUCCCGUGUAUAAAACUUAUAGGACUCGGCCGCUACAUCGUCUUGAACUUAGCCAUUUCAAGAUUAACCCAGAUUAUAACCAAGGGGUUGAUUUUGCAUUCAGCAGUGUUAUUCGCAGAAUGGACGAGCGCAAGUGUGCAAAUGGUUGUACACGUCCUAGCUGCUGCGGCAGCAAGUUCCACGCUAUGGCGCGCCUUGGUGGCCUUCCAUCCAAUGUAACAUCCCUCAAGGAGAGAGAGCAAGAAAAUAGAAAGAUUCUGGAAGACUACUUGGGAAAUGAAAAUCACCUACUUGACGGGUUAAGUGUUGAAAACCAGGCAGAGCUUCUACAAGCGGCAAAAGCAAGGCUAAUCGCUAACCGGUAUGGGAAGCACAGACAUCACCAUCAGCGGCUGGGAUCGCCGCCCGGGUACUGGCGCACAGAUAUGCCCGAUACACAGGAACUGCAACGUGAUCAUGAAGAGGCAAGGGAGAUUGAACGAGAGAGAGUGGAAGACCGGUAUCGAGAGGCAAUGCGCCCUGGAGGCCUCUGGAAGUUCGCAGAUGAGUGAGCAUGCUGUACUGUUUCCGAGACAGAGAGGCCCACUCAUGUUGUAUGGAUAGAUAGACACUCGAAGAGUAUCCGGGAGUUGAUUGAAUGCUAAACACUUUGGCCGUC